GCCUUGGGGCUCCAGGAGGAAGUUUAUCCUUUAUUCAAAACAGAAGAGCGCAAUCAGCCAGCUGUGUUUUCUCACCGUUCUUCCCUCGGAAAUCCUCUUUUUCAGAUCUGCACUGUGAGGAUUGGUGGAACCAACGUGGAGUGAAGUGGAAGAGCUGAAAGGCCACAUUGACUGCAGGAUCAAUCGAAUUUGAGUUGGAGGAGAGAGAAACUCAGUCGCUGCUGCUCAGAGGAGAAAAUGGCUCAGGAAGGAGUUCAGCUGGACCAAGAAACCUUCUCUUGUUCCAUCUGUCUGGAUCUACUGAAGGAUCCGGUGACUAUUCCCUGUGGACACAGCUACUGUAUGACGUGUAUUAAUACCCACUGGGAUGGAGAGGACCAGAAGGGAAUCCACAGCUGUCCUCAGUGCAGGAAGACUUUCAGACCGAGGCCUGACCUGGAGAAAAACAUCAUGUUAGCAGCUUUAGUGGAGGAGCUGAAGAAGACUGGACUCCAAGCUGCUCCUGCUGAUCACCAUUAUGCUGGACCUGAAGAUGUGGCCUGUGAUUUCUGCACUGGGAGGAAGAGGAAGGCUGUCAAGUCCUGUUUGGUUUGUUUGGCCUCUUUCUGUGAGAAACACCUUCAGCCUCACUAUGAUGUACCUCCAAUGAAGAAACACCAGCUGGUGGAGCCCUCCAAGAACCUCCAGGAGAACAUCUGCUCUCGUCAUGAUGAGGUGAAGAAGAUGUUCUGUCGUACUGAUCAGCAGUCUAUCUGUUAUCUCUGCUCUGUGGACCAACAUAAAGGCCACGACACAGUCUCAGCUGCAGCAGAAAGGACUGAGAGGCAGAAAGAGCUGGAGGUGAGUCGACUGAACAUCCAGCAGAGAAUCCAGGACAGACAGAAAGAUGUGAAGCUGCUUCAACAGGAGCUGAAGGACAUCAAGGUCUCUGCUGAUAAAACAGUGGAGGACAGUGAGGAGAUGUUCAGAGAGCUGAUCCAUCUGAUCCAGAACAGAAGCUCUGAGGUGGAGCAGCAGAUCAGAUCCCAGCAGGUGAUUGAAGAGAGUCGAGUCAAAGAGCUUCAGGAGAAGCUGGAGCAGGAGAUCAGGGAUCUGGAGAGGAAAGACGCUGAGCUGAAGCAGCUCUCAGAUACACCAGAUCACAGCCAGUUUCUCCACAACUACCCCUCAGUGUCAGCACUCAGUGAGUCCACACACUCAUCCAGCAUCAGCAUCCGUCCUCUGAGACACUUUGAAGACGUGACAGCAGCUGUGUCAGAGCUCAGAGGUAAAGUAGAGGACGUUCUGAAGGACACCUGGACAAACAUCUCACUGACAGUCACUCAGCCAGGUGUUUUAGUGCCAGAACCAGAACCAGAACCAAAGACCAGAGUUGAAUUCUUAAGAUAUUCAUGUGACAUCACUCUGGAUCCAGACACAGCAUUCGUAUGGCUGGUUUUAUCUGAUGGAGACAGAAAAGUAACAGCAGUGAAUCAACAUCAGUAUUAUCCUGAUCAUCCAGACAGAUUCAGUUUUUACCGUCAGGUUCUGAGCAGAGAGAGUCUGACUGGACGUUGUUACUGGGAGGUGGAGAUGACAGGGACAGGUCAUGUAGCAGUCGCAUACAAGACUGUCAGCAGAUCAGGAGAUGAAAGUGCAUUUGGGAUGUUUGAUGAUUCCUGGUCAUUAGACUCUUGUAACAACAGUUUUGAGUUCAUGCAUGAUGGCAUCCAAACUCCUGUCUCAGGUCCUUGGUCCUCCAGAAUAGGAGUUUAUCUGGAUCACAAUGCAGGUAUUCUGUCCUUCUUCAGCGUCUCUGAAACCAUGACUCUCCUCCACACAGUCCAGACCACAUUCACUGAGCCGCUACAUGCUGGAAUCUGGCUUUUUUUUAAUGGAGACACUGCUGAGAUCCUGAAACUGAAAUAAACUUACAUCUGUCACAGUUCAGGGGUUGAAAUCAGAGAUUGAGCUCAUCAUGACUUUUAUUCUAAACAUGAAAAUAUCAGCUUCUCUGUGCUCUGAAUGUUUGAACUUUUGUAUGGAUCUGUUUGUUUGCUGCAGUUUUUCUUCUUCAUGAACCUCAGCAGAGAAAUCAGCAGACCUUCUUCUUCCACAGAGAUUUUAUUCUCACCACUUUGUAAAUGUGUGAAGAAAUGUAGGAUUGCAUUUGUUUUGAAUGAUUAAAAUGAUUAAAUGAUCUACAGCUGAUGCAAUUUAAACCUGUUAUUCUGUUUGUUAUUGACGAGGAAAUCACUGAUUAACUGAAGUUCUGGGUUUAUUUUUACUGAAUUUUUCAUCUUUUUUUGUUUUUAAGUGUUUGGUGUGUGAAUAAACUGCUGGUUUUAAUCAUGAAUAAAGCUAAUUGGAUCUUUU